UUGGCGUGCGUGAAUGACCACGUCUCCAAAUAGUUUUUGUAUUUUUGUUGGGUUUUUUUACGUUUUAGUGACAUUGUUUAAUUAAAAUUGGUUUCCCUCGAAGUCGGAGCUGCACAGACUUCCAUUGUGAGAGGUUUGGUACAAGGGAAGGACCUUGACUGCCUUGAGGCGAUGGCGUGGACGGCAUGCCUGCUGUAAACUUCGACCUGCAUGUUGAAUGUUGAGAAUUCCAGGCUGCAAAAUUUUUGACUCAAAGGGACAAUGGACACUUCACAUCCUCAUCGUUUACCACAGGACAGCUGUGUACCGUCCAGGAAGGGGUACCGUAGGUUAAAAAAAGAAAAGAGGAAAAAAUGUAACUCGGGUCACAAAACAGUUGAAGUUCGUGGCCACGGUGAGGCUGCAUCAAGUUCCAAUAAGUCAAGACAAACCAGUGAAGGUUUAGUUGAACUACUUGAACUUGAUCCAGAGUGCCAACAUCUUCUAAAUAUAUAUCGGCCCAUUGGCAAUUUACCACAGGAGGAGUCUGUUCGUAGGCCCUCACAUUCCAAGAGGAAGACUCAGGCUGCAACGCACAAUACGUUUGGGACAAACACAUUUCUUCCGGUUCAACCUCUUGCUCAUGAGGACCUGUGCUCUCGCAAAGACAGAAAAAAGAAGAAACGAAAAAGGCGUCUUUCUUUGGAAGAGGAGCAUAGUACUGCAGAUUUGGCGAUGGACGGCAGUCUUCUGCUUAGAAGGAAACCUGAGAAAAGGAAAACUCGGUGUGCUAGGACGAAGAGCGAGCAGACCGACGCCACCGCCGCUGAGGAUGAUUCGGAAAGGGAGGAACCGGAGCUGGAUGACAACGAUCUGUGCGCCAUAUGUUACGAGAUUUUGAUCGACCCGCACAAGGUGGUGCCCUGCACGCACACCUUCUGUAAAGUCUGUCUGGGGCGGCUGCAGCUACACGUAAGGUCGGCGACCACCCCUUGCCCCAUGUGCCGCGCCACCAUCAGCCACUGUGUGUUUGAGAAAGAACUGACUAGUGCUCUCAAAAUGAAGUACCCUCAGAAAUACAGUGAUCGACUGGCAAUAAUCACACCACUGUACAAAUGUCAGCUUAGAUUGCCUAAUGCGACCAGACGAGAGACAAAUUUCUCGCCACACAGAGGUGUACGGAGAGUUGCUGUCCCGUUGAGAAGACCGCCAGAUUUUGCUUUCUUGUUUGAUGACAGCAUUAUGGGCUUAGUGUUUAGUUUUGUUUGUAUCUUUACUUUCUGUAUUUUUAUUUCUCUCUUGAUGAUGAUUUUUCACCCGUGAAAAGUUUUUUUACCUUCAUUUGUUGCACACUUGACUUAGGUGUUAGUUUGCAUUUUGAUCUGCAAUCACAUUUGCAGGGAUUUGUAUUCUCAGGCGGUUUUUACUUUCUCAUAGGAUCUUUUCCUGGUUCUUUUUGUUGUUUGCAUAUUUUUUUUUAUUGGUUCGAAUUGAAUCAUGAGUACCGUAUGUGUUCUGCCUAAAGCCUUAUAUGUGUACGUGUAUAUAUAUAUAUAAUAUCUUGCUAUAGCUUUUUGUCACCCUGUGUCUUUUUGUUGUGUGACACUGCCUUUCCCAAGCACACAAUGUCAGGCCCAUGACGCGAUUCAAACCCUCAACUUUCCGGUUGUGAGCGCGAGCACAGCAGCCCAAUCUUCAGUUGGUUGUAUGUAGCUUAUAUAGCGGGCGCUAAUGUUCUUUUGGUUUGUGUUUCCUUCACAGAACUGACCAGUUCUCUCAAAACGAAGUACCCUAAGACAUACAGUGACCGUCUGGCCAUAGUCAACCCACUGUACAAAUGUCGGCUUAGAUUGCCUAAUGCGACCAGACAAAUGACAACUUUCUCGCCACACAGAGGCAGACAAAGAGAUGCUCUUCGAUUGAGAAGAGCGCCAGAUUUUCCUUUCUUGAUUGAUGACAGUAUUAUGGGUGUAGUGUUGAGUUUGGUUCCUGUCUUUGCUUGUUCUAUUUUUAUUUCUCUCUUGGUGUUUUUUCAGCCGUGAAAAGCUUUUUUACCUUCCUUUGUCGCACACUUGACUUACAUGUUUGCAUUUUGAUCUGCAAGCACAUUUCCAGGGAUUUGUAUUCUCAGACAAUUUUUACUUGCCCGUAGGAUCUUUUCCUGGAUGUUUUUGUUUGCAAUUUUUUGGGUUUUUUUCAUUGGUUUGAAUUUAAUCAUGAGUACCAUAUGUGUUCUGCUUAAAGCCACAUGUGUUCUGCCUAAAGCCAUAUAUAUAUGUGUAAGUUUACGUAUAACUUACUAUUGCUUGUCGUCACCCUGUGUCUUUUUAUUGUGUGAUGCUGCUGACACACACUGCCUUUCCUACGCACACAACGUUGGUCUCUUGACAUGAGAGGAUUCAAACCCUCAACUUUCCGGUUGUGAGCGCGAGCACAAAAGCCCAAUCUUCAGUUGGUUGUAUGUAGCUUAUAUAGCGGGCGCUAAUGUUCUUUUGGUUUGUGUUUCCUUCACAGAACUGACCAGUUCUCUCAAAACGAAGUACCCUAAGACAUACAGCGAUCGUCUGGCAAUUGUAACACCACUGUACAAAUGUCGGCUUCGAUUGCCAAAUGCGACCAGGCAAAAGACAAAUUUCUCACUGCGCAGAGGUCGAGGCAGAGCUGGUGUCCGUCUACCAAGGCGCCCUGCUUUUGAUUUCCUGAACAGUGAUAAUAUUUUAAGGAUAGUGGUUUGUCUAUUUUGGGUCUUACUUCUUUGUAUUCUCGUUUUUCGUAGAACUGUUUCUUCCGUGAAAGACUUUUUUAUGUUCUUUUGUCGCAAACUUAGACUUUGAUAUCCACAUUUUGAUCUGUAAUCACAUUUACAGCGACUUGUAUUCAACUCUCAGACUUUUUGUGGUUGUUUGCUGGACCUUUCCCUGCGUUUCUGCUGUUUACAUUUUAUUUAAUGGUUUGAAUUUAACUAUCGUGAGUUUGCAUUCUACUGAAAGCCUGUCAUCAUCAGAUUCAUCAUCAUUGCCUUUCUCACCCUGGAUCAGGAUAUAGGCCACGAACAAACACUUUCCACCUUUCCCUUCUAUCUGGGCUAGACACUUGGUGUUAUUCCACGUCUUCCCACUUUUCUGUACAUCAGCUUGUGUGACUCUUCUCCAGGUUCCACGUGGUCUUCCCCUUGAUGUUUUACUUUGUGGGUUCCAGUCACUUAAAGCCUUUGUAUACGUGUAUACAAGAUGUGGGUGGUUGGCAGGUGCUCUGGUGUGGUUUGCUUCUUCUUUCCUAUCAAACAACUAUUGUCUUUAUCUUUCCUUCUUCUUUUUUAUGUUUGUUACUCUCUUGGAACACCUCUAAUCUUCUGGCGCUCUUAUGACCUUCUGCGGUUGCGAGCGCCGUAAAACCUCUACUAAAACUAAGUGUAUAGACUCUAGCACAUGACGUACAGAAUUUGACAAAAUUUGGUAAAUACCUAAAAAUCGAACUUGUUUGUUUUUUAAGGUUGCGAGUCGCAUCACAGUCGUAUUGCGGCAAAAUGGUACCUUUUGUGACACACGCACACACACCCCUCUAUUCCAAGGAGAAAAGUCUGGCUGGCCGUGCCACAAUUCAACUGUAGUUUGUGUUGUUUUGCCAAUGUGCACUGUGUAUACCGUGUUCCUGAUCUUCUUAUUUCUGAUCAUGUCAUAUUUCAUCUUGUCCUACUGAUGGCUUUCACUUUUCUCGGUCCUUGCAUCUCGGGGACAUUCAUCAUCUUGUUUUCCAGAAUUAAAAAAAUUUUUUUUACGAGCUUUACGGCACUUGCAAUACAAUAAGGUCAUAUAAGUGCU